AUGACUGAGGGCUCCAACCAGUCAGAGACACAGAUUGAUAUCGGUCACAGCUGUCGGAUCACAUUUCCGAUCCUCGUCUGCGUCCCACAGUCUGAGAACCCUCCGCGGGGUCUUUAUCUGCCGGACUGGGAUCGUGUGCAAACCAGGGCGGCUGCGGCUACGGCUGGAGACACAAGGCCUCUGCUCCUCGCAAAGCAUUCCGUCUCCGCCGCCGCCGUCUCCGCCGUCUCCGUCUCCGCCGCCGCCGUACAGUAG